AUGAAGACCAAUGCUUUCGCAUGCCAGCUCGCUGAUGGCGAAGUAGACGACGCUUACAUGUGUCUCUUCCCUUCCGUUGCCCGGAUCAAUCACGCGUGCCAGCCUAAUGCGCACGCGCGCUUUGUUCCGAAGACUCUGUCGAUGGAGAUCAAAGCUCAACGGGACAUCGCCGCUGGGGAAGAGAUCGGUAUCUCCUAUGGCAAAAUCGACUUGAAGCACGCCGACAGACAAGCACUCUAUCAGGAAGGCUGGAACUUCAGGUGCACUUGCUCUCUUUGCACUGCUUCGCAAUACGACGUGGCUGGUAGUGACCAGCGCCGUGCGAGAUUCGCCCAACUCCGGAAGAUGCUGGAGAACUUGACGGCAGAAACCUACGAUGCCCAGCAAAUUGUUGCUUGGGAGAAAGAAGUUAUGGAGAUUAGUCAACGAGAGGGUUUGGAUACUCUGCUCGCCCAGGACUACGAGAGACUGGCGUACGUGUACGCAGGUCAUGGAAUGAUGGGAGAUGCCAGACGUUGGGCAAAGAUGGCGAAAGAAAGUUUAUUGGAAUGGGUGGUGGUUGAUGGAGGUCCGCGCAAUCAGAUAAGGAGGAUAGAGGACUUGCUCAAAGAGCUGGAUGGCUAA